AUCCGACAAUUGCACAAAGGUUUCGACCCUCACUUCGUUGUAGAUUCUCCGAAAAACACCACAAGAUUCCCAUUCCAACUCAACUAAACUCAACUCGUCCUUUAUUGGUCAACUCUCUCUCUCUCUCUCUCUCUCGCUCGCUCUGACGUUUCUUGUAGAUUAGAGAGCGAGAGAGCGUCAGCAAUGGCGGGAGGGUGGCGGCUGCUAGCUGCGGAUUUCGCGAUGUCUUUUAUGUGGGUGUGGUCGAGCGUCCUAAACAAGAUUUUGGUGCACAGAAUAUUGGGCUAUGGAGCUCACGAUCUCGACGGCCAAAUCGUCAGAUACGCUCUCUCCAUUCUCAACAUGUUCUUCUUCGCUCUCAUGGUCAAGCUCACCAAAGGUGGGGCCUACAACCCCCUCUCCCUCCUCUCCGCCGCCUUCACCGGCGAUUUCUCCAAUUUCCUCUUCACUCUUGGCGCCAGGGUCCCUGCCCAGGUCGUUGGGGCAAUUUAUGGUGUUAGGCUCAUCUUGGAUACGUUUCCUGGGAUAGGACGAGGGCCAGUCUUGAAUGUCAGCAUUGCUAAGGGUGCAUUGACAGAAGGUCUGCUAACAUUUUGCAUCGUGUUUAUCUCCAUCGGGCUAGCUAGAAAGGUCAAGGAUAGUUUCUUCAGGAAAACAUGGAUUUCCAGCUUAUCUAAGCUGACUCUUCACACCCUAGGCGCUGACCUAACCGGUGGCUGCAUGAAUCCAGCCUCUGUGAUGGGGUGGGCUUUUGCUAAUGGGGAGCAUAUCACUAAGGAGCAUUUGGUCGUUUACUGGCUUGCUCCGGUUCAGGCCACUUUCGCAGCAGUUUGGGUGUUUGGCCUACUGGCUCGGGGUAAAAACAACGAGGAGAAAUCCGUGGCUGCUAAGAAGGAUGCCACCACAAAACUGAAGUCUGCAGAUUAGAGAUGAUAGCAUUCUUGAUUCUUUUGAUGUGUGUUAGAAUCUAGCAAGAAUCUUAGUGCUGUGUUGAACAUAUGAAUUUGUGUUUAUAAAUAAAUUUAUUGCUAAUUUUAUUCA